ACCAUUCCAUUUCUUUAUUUUGCAUUUCUUUUGAUCUGAAAAGCAAUAAUUAUUUAUUUCGUUAAAAUUAUUCUAUCGAAGAAUCUGAAACAAAAUGACUGUCAAUGAAUGGCUAAAUCCAAACGCUGCAAAUCGCACUCAUGCGAUGGCUGUUACUCGUAAUUACAUUUCACAGCCACGAUUAACUUAUAAAACAGUGACUGGUGUAAAUGGUCCGCUAGUUGUUUUAGAUGAUGUUAAAUUUCCAAAAUUUGCUGAAAUUGUACAUUUAACUCUUAACGAUGGUACGGUACGUACUGGACAAGUUCUUGAAGUUAGCGGAUCCAAAGCUGUUGUUCAAGUGUUCGAAGGAACAUCCGGAAUUGAUGCCAAACAUACCGUUUGUGAAUUCACAGGCGAUAUCUUACGUACACCUGUUUCCGAAGACAUGUUAGGACGAGUGUUCAAUGGUUCAGGUAAACCAAUCGAUAAUGGCCCCCCUGUAUUAGCCGAGGAUUACCUUGAUAUUGAAGGUCAACCCAUUAAUCCAGAAUCUCGUAUUUAUCCGGAAGAAAUGAUUCAAACUGGAAUUUCGGCAAUCGAUGUCAUGAAUUCUAUUGCUCGUGGCCAGAAAAUUCCAAUCUUUUCAGCUGCUGGUUUGCCUCAUAAUGAAAUCGCUGCCCAGAUUUGUCGUCAAGGUGGUCUGGUCAAAUUGGACGGACGAGGUCGAGAAUCAGAUGAUAAUUUUGCCAUCGUUUUUGCUGCUAUGGGUGUCAACAUGGAAACGGCUCGGUUUUUCAAACAGGAUUUCGAAGAAAAUGGUUCCAUGGAAAAUGUCUGCUUGUUUUUGAAUCUUGCCAAUGAUCCAACAAUUGAACGUAUUAUCACUCCUCGAUUAGCUUUGACUACUGCCGAAUUUUUGGCUUAUCAAUGUGAGAAACACGUAUUGGUCAUUUUGACUGACAUGUCCUCAUAUGCUGAAGCUUUGCGUGAAGUAUCAGCUGCCCGUGAAGAAGUUCCUGGUCGCCGUGGUUUUCCCGGAUACAUGUACACUGAUUUGGCUACCAUUUAUGAACGUGCUGGUCGUGUUGAAGGACGAAAUGGUUCAAUCACUCAGAUUCCAAUUUUAACCAUGCCAAACGAUGAUAUCACCCAUCCUAUUCCCGAUCUUACCGGAUAUAUUACCGAAGGCCAAAUCUAUGUUGAUCGUCAAUUGUCCAAUCGACAAGUAUAUCCUCCGAUCAAUGUACUUCCAUCGCUUAGUCGUUUGAUGAAAUCGGCCAUUGGUGAAGGAAUGACAAGAAAAGACCACGCUGAUGUGUCCAACCAAUUAUAUGCAUGUUAUGCUAUCGGUAAAGAUGUUCAAGCUAUGAAAGCUGUAGUUGGUGAAGAAGCAUUGACUGCAGAAGAUUUAUUGUAUCUGGAAUUUUUAAGCAAAUUUGAAAAAACAUUCAUUACACAAGGUAGCUAUGAAAAUCGAACCGUAUUUGAAUCUUUGGACAUUGGAUGGAAAUUACUACGAAUCUUUCCAAAAGAAAUGCUCAAACGUAUUCCGGCUGAUACUUUGGCAGAAUUCUAUCCACGUCAAGGUGGUGGUGGUGGUGGAGCUCAAGCUACUGGUAAAAAUUGAAAUGAAUUCUAUUGAUCAUCAGUGGUAAAAAUCCAUAUAUAUUGUUGUUGAAUAUUCAUUCAUUCAUAUCUAGUCUAGAUACAAUUGCUUUUCUUUAAAUGUUAAUUCAUUCUUUUUUUUUCUUUCUUUCUUUUAAAUUCAAAAUGUAACAUUUAUCAAUCAAAAUGAUCAUUCCAGUGCAACA